ACAUAUGCAUAUAGAAGGCAAAAUCGCUUCGGCGCAUUGCAUUCUUUUCAGCGCCUAUUGUUCAUUUGGCCUGUCAAUGUGCCUGUCAUUUUAUGCAACUUUUUAAAGUGUGUACUACCACCCAAACACCUAAAAACAUUCUUAAUUGUAAGUACGAUUCUAAAUUACUGGAAUAUUUAUACAACGCAAAAAAAUCAACCUUAUUUUCUAUUUACUUCGAAUUCAUUCCGAAACAAACUUCAAUAGUCACAUCAAAUCCAAUUGGAGCUAUGAAUUUUGCUGGACGUCUGCAGUUCCGGCGCCUUUUGGGUUUGAUAGUGCGUCAAAACUUCAAUCGCGAGUGUGAAAAUGCAAUCAAUGCACAAAUACAACUGGAAUUGAAAUCAAGCUACGAUUACUUAGCCAUGGCAUACCAUUUUGACCGCUGCGAUAUGGCUUUACCCGGCAUAUAUGGAUUUUUCAAGGCUGCUAGCGAUGAAGAACGUGAACAUGCUGCAAAAUUCAUGGAAUACAUGAACAAAAGAGGUGGCACAAUACUGCUACAGGAUCUACCAGCUCCACAAUUUAAGUUUACGACACUUAAAGCAGCGCUGGAAGAAGCAUUGGAUAUGGAGAAAACGGUCAAUGAGUCCCUGUUGGCACUACAUGCUUUGGCAAGUAAACACAUUGAUCCUCAACUAUGCGAUUUUCUGGAGACACAUUUCCUCGCCGAACAAGUUGAUGCACAAAAACAGUUGGCCGAUUAUAUAAGGCAAAUCGAACGCUGUGAAAAAGAGUUGGGUGUGCAUAUAUUUGAUAAAGACAUUAAAGGAAAGGAAAUGCAUUAGGGUGUUGGAAAUUGCUUAGGAACAAAUUAACGGAAUACGGCUCUCAUAACGAAUACUGCAGUAUUUGUUGGACGUUAAUUAAAAAAAGAAAAAUAAAAUAAACCAGCUUGCUUGUGUUUGUGUGAUAUCCGCAUAACUUCCCUGCAAACCAUUUUUUCAGAGUAUUCUGAAUUGUAGAGAAAUUUUUAAGAAUUCGUAAAGAUCUCAUCCGAUUUAUUUCUUUUACGAAAUUUCGGAAGAAAAGCGGUAAAGCAAUGAAGAUUCGUAUAAAAAUCGUUACAGAAAUAAGAUACUCCUAAAGAUUUCGUUAAGAUUUCAGGAACUUUGGUUUGCAGGAUUCUUUAUGUGUUUAAGGUUAAAAUUUUAUGUACAUAAAAUCUAUUGUCAAUUUAAUUUAUUUUAAUGUCGAAUUAUGAUAUGUGAGGAGAUAUACAAUACGAUAAGUAAAUGUGAUAAGGAUACUGACUGAAUUUAUUUCUGAAAGGCGUACGUUGAAAUAGUACCUAACCCUAGAAUCGUAAGACGGUUUUACCCUACGUACUACACCGUUACGUACUACGCCGCUUAGGUAUGUUAUUUUAAAUAAAUGUUUAAUAAAAACUUAAUCGAUUAAUUACCUACUUGUUUAUACAACAAAAUAAUAAAGAAAGCACUGCCGAGCGCACAAAGCGAUAGGGAAUAACGGUAAAAAGUAACGGAACUUUAUGCGGCGUACACGUAAAAUUUAUAAAUAUUACGAAAGUGUUAAAAAAAAUCAAAAAUAAGGGCUGUUUCCAGCUCCAAAGAAAAAAGUGAAAAAUUAAUAUCAAAUGACACACAAGAAAUAUAAAAGAGAUUUUAUUCUACACUCUCGUUUCAUUUCCAAUAAUUAUUCAGCACUAUCACUGAACCCAGCGAUAUGUGCUGUUUUGUAUUCCUCCUAAAUUCGCGGAUUUUCGAUUUCAGUGACCUAGUAAAAUUUGCUACUUGGUAUUUUUGUAGAACAUUUUGACACUCUAACUUCUGUUAAAAAUAUAUAUAUGCAUAUAUAUAUUCUAAAAGAGUUGCCUUAGCAAACACUGGGCUUGUUUGAAUUUCAAUCACA